UCAAAAUCGCGAAAAAUAAAGUAACUGUUUUUAAUGACGCCACCUGAGUUAUUCAAUUUGCCUUGGUCUUGUAUCACAGGGACCCAGAUAUUCGCUGUGAAUAAAAGUCGAUCACACAAAUCGACUAUAUUAAUAGUUUCAUAUCUACUAGAUUUUUAUAAAAUAUUUCCUUGUGUUAUUGUUAUAUUCGUUAUCAGUUGACGCGAUGGCGGUAAAUAUAUGCCGUGCGUGCUUAAUUGAGAAACAGUUUUCGGAGCUUUAUGAUUGGUUCUUGUCAGUAGAUAUUAUGAAUGAAUCGUUAACAUAUCAGAAAUGUUUUACAAUUUGUACCCAAUUGGAUGUUGAAAAAGCGGAUGCUACAUCAUCCUACUAUGAGAAUAUGCAUUUUUUAUGCUCUGACUGCGUUCAAGAGUUAAGAAUUUCAUAUCACUUCUUAAGAAAAGCACAAAAAUCGGCCGAAGAAUUAUACUUCUUAUCACAAAAACAUGAUAAUGUAAAUGUUGCCGAAACAAAUGAAUUUGAAUAUGUAAAUAUACAAGAAUCGCGUAAAAGCGACUUUUCUGCGGAUUUAUCGCCAAAUGCGAAGCACAUAGCUCGUGAAAGCAUUACUAAAACGGGAAAAGUAAGUUUAACAUUGAUCGAUGAAUGCAAAUCAGAAAAUUGUAAACAAUCGGAUCCUGACAAUAGCCUAUUGGGUAGUCCUAUAUUGCAGCCUAAAGAUAUACCUCCUAAAGGAUCGACUGAUAGUAUAAAGAAAUGCAUAAAAAGUGUGGAUAAUUUAAAGCUUGAAUCAGAGCCGACGUUGAAUCCUUUUGAUUGCAAAACAGAUUUUAAAUUAGAAACGGUCCAGGAUGUACAUGACGAAACUUUUGCAAAAGAACAUAUUUGCUUACAAGAAAAGGAAACAUCUGAAGAGACAAUUUAUCUUGUGGACUGUAAUGCCCAUUUAUUGAAAAAGGAAAACUCAAAAUCCAAUUCCAAAAGAAAUACUACAGAAAGAAAAAAAAUGAAAGCGAAAAAUGUUAGUAUUGAAUAUAUGCAAACUCCUUGUGAAUAUUGUAAAAAACUAUUUCCCGAGAACAAGUUAAGAGAGCAUAAAUCGCGUUAUCAUAGACCAAAGAUCUUCCUUUGUGACAUUUGUCCAAGUUCUUUCAGUAUUGCAAACAACCUGAGACGGCAUCAACGCACACAUGACAUAAAUCGUGAAAGAAACUUUUCUUGUAGCGAGUGUGGGCGUAAAUUUUUUACGGAAGACGUUUAUAAGACCCAUAUUAAAAUACACCUGUCAACGCGUCAAGCCAAAUUCCGGUGCACUCAAUGCGAUAAAGUGUUUAUGCACAAGGGUAGUCUUACUCUACAUCUUCAGAAACACACAGGCCCGAAAAAUGAGUGUAGCGUUUGCAUGAAACGUUAUGUUCGAAAAGUGGAUUUGGAAGUUCAUAUGCGGAACCAUUCCGGUGACCUGCCCUACCAGUGCUCUAAGUGUGAAAAGGCAUUUAUGACAACCAGUGCUUUAAGAAAGCACGAGUUACUUCAUAAUGGUAUCCGUUAUAAAUGCGAUAUCUGCAAUAAAGAAUACUCACACCCCUCAAAACUUAGUCGUCAUCGAUUGGAUCACACAGGUCUACCACUAAAAUGUGCUAUGUGUGACAAAGGAUUUGCCGAACCUAAUAAGAUUCGACGGCAUAUCAAAAGUGUACACAAGGUGGAAGAUAUUUCGCAAAUAAAUAAACUCACCAUUAAAGUAUCAAAAAACGAUGAAUAAUCGACAAAGGAUCGAAACAGUUUAGAGUUACGUUAGUUCUAUAAAUUUAGUAGCCUAAGUUUUCAUUUCGGAUAUGUUACAAACAAAUGAUCUAAGAUUUUUCUGUUGCACUAUUUAUUUUAUUACUUUAUAUUCUGUGUGAGUGCACACCCAAAAUAAUAUAAUACAAGAUUACGUGUUCCGAAUUCGGUGCGACGUCAUCGUGCAAGAAUAGGAAAGGAAGGGAAAUGACUUGUUUUUUAUGAAGAAGAGUAAGCGAAAGCUAUAGAAACUGCCAAACACAGGGAAUUAGGUUUGUUCAUGUCAAAAUUAUCCAGUAACUUAAUUUCCGAGAAUGCGCUCUCAAAGAGAAAAUUAGAAAAAAAGUACAUGAACGCAAAACCAGUUACAAUUUGGAAGUUUUACGAACAGCAAAUUCAAUUCGUAAAUUUUAGUUUGUGUUUAUUUCUACUUUCCGAUCAGCUGUUUUUCUCAUUUGCAAAUUCUUACACGUAGAAAUGUAUCCAAUUGUAGCAAUUGUUACAAAGUUUUUGCUUCAUGAACAGACCUAUUAUGUACACACCUACUUUCUUGGCUAGUGUCAUUAGCAAAAAAAAAAAAAAAAAUGCAAUUGGAGGCUUUAUAUUCAUUCGUGCAUUCACAAUUUUACAAGGGGAACUUAAUUUUCAUAAGUUUGUUUAAUUUGAAAGUCACAAAUCGGAAAAUUACAAUAAUAAUGGUGGAUAAAAUCCUGAAAAAUAAAGCAGCGGUUUUCGGAAGACGCCACCUCUAGGAUCCUGUGCAUCGUGCAUCGUGCAUUUCUACUGUUAUUUACUACAUAUUUACUAAAGCUAAUUGCAAUGUCAGGCCAUUUUGA